AUGGACGUUGGAGCUACCGUUGGCUUCGGCUUCGAUUUGGGAGCCGGUGGUACUUUUGGCACAGGUGCUGGAGGCGGCCUCGGUAGCGGUGUUGGAGCUACGGAUGGCCUCGGUAUUGGAGCCAGCGGUGGUGCUAACGUGUCGGGUCUCUUCUUGCGAUGGGCGGUGCCGGGUGUAGCGAGCGCGAGAAGCAAGACGGUAACCCCCAAGAGCCAGGCCCAGCGCGUACAGGAAGCCAUCACGCUGAGAGGGAAGAUACUGACGGGCGACGGGGAAUAUUCACCGCGAACGACUGAUCAUGAACUCGACUAG